AAACCGGUAACUCUUAGCCUUGUGGCGAAACGUUCUUAAAUUGUUUAUAAAAAUUCGGCAAGCAUGUUUCUUAAAAAUUGUGCGAAUGUCGCGACACGACUAAUGGGAAUAUCGAGAGUUCACUCUUCGGCCAUAGUCCCUUCAUCACUUCAAGUGAGAAAAAACAUACAGACCGAGGUUGAAAAUCAAAUAAGCCAAGGAACAGCCGGACGUUUAUUCGCCGUCGUCCAUAUUAAAGGAUCCCAAUAUAAAGUAACCGAAGGGGAUAUUAUAGUUCUCGGAAAAUAUCAUCUCGAAGCUGAUAUUGGAGAGAAAAUUCGUUUAAAUAAGAUUUUACUAAUUGGAAGCUCGGAUUUUAGCCUUGUUGGUAGACCAGUCUUAAAAGAAAACAUGGCCAAGGUUGAAGCAACAGUCAUUGAGAAAACGCUAGGACACGAAAAAAUAUUUUUUAAUUAUAUACGCCGAAAAAGUCACAAUAGAAUGAGAAUCCGACAAGAAGCCAUGACUCAUUUACGAAUCAACUCGAUAGAGCUAAAUUCUCUAGAAUAACUCUUUAAAUUUCCAUUUAGUUAAUUAUAUUUGUACAGUUGUACUAUUUUUCUUCUUACACAUAAAUAAAUAAGUUAAUUUACGAGUUGACUAUUAUUUAUAAUUUCUUUUCACCUUUUAUACAGUUUGAGGUUUACAUUUAGUAUUAUUCAUAAUCUGUUAAUGUUAACUAAUUA